AUGCUGGCUCCUAUUCCGGCUCUGGUGGACUAUGGUAUCUCGCCGGAACAUGGCUUUCUUCCCUCUGAGCCUCCACUCGACGCCCUUCCAGAUCCCUACUAUGCCAAGUGGGAAUGGAUAGUUUCGAAUUUACAGUCCCUCCUGCACAGCGGGCGGAUCCGCGAGGCAGUCGAUCAUAUGCCUAUCCUUUCAACAUCAUACCUUCACUCCGAAGAUGAGUGGCGGAGAGCUUAUGUGUUGUUGACCUUUAUUUUACACGGCUAUGUUUGGGGUGGCAAUGCACCGGAAGAGAGAGUCCCGCCUCAGCUUACAAUUCCCUUGCUCGAGGUCUGCGACCAUCUGGAGCUGCCCCCUGUGGCUACAUAUGCUGCAGUGUGCUUGUGGAACUAUAAGCCUAUUUUCCCCGAUGAGCCCGCACACGACGUGGACAAUCUGGCAUGUAUCAGCACCAUCACCGGAUCAAUAGAUGAGCGAUGGUUCUAUAUGAUUUCGGUGGCUAUCGAAGCCUGUGGCGGCCCCGCUAUACCGCUGGUUCUACAGGCCAUCUCUGCAGCGCGGGCCGGAAAUAGCGCAGUGGUAACGGAGUGUUUACAGAGCAUCGCAGAGACCAUAGAACAACUUGGAGUGCUCUUGGAACGGAUGUAUGAGCACUGUGAUCCUUACGUGUUCUACCACAGGAUUCGGCCCUACCUGGCUGGAAGCAAGAACAUGGCCGAUGCCGGCCUGCCAAAUGGGUUGAUGUAUGAUGACGGAAGCGAAAAGCCCGAGUACCGCCAGUAUGGCGGCGGUAGCAAUGCCCAAAGCUCCCUUAUCCAGUUCUUUGAUAUUGCUCUGGGCAUUGAACACCGACCCACUGGAGAAACACGUCCUACUACUUCCUCGCCUCAGAACGAAAAGGAAGGCGUUGCCGGAUCACCCCGGCAUGGGUUCAUCCAGGAGAUGCGGACAUACAUGCCGGGCCCUCACCGGCGGUUCUUGGAGCACGUGGGUGCCGUUGCCAACAUCCGGGAGUAUGUCGGAGCACGACGCUCGGACAAGGCUCUGUGCAUUGCCUACGACGCCUGUCUCUCGAUGCUGCGCACUAUGCGAGACAAGCACAUCCAGAUGGUGUCCCGGUACAUCAUCGUUCCCUCACGGAACGCGCGGAACCACAACCCGGGCUCGUCUAGCCCCAAGAGAACCAGCUUGGCGAUGAACCUGGCCAAUGUGCGGCCUGGAAGCAAGAAGCUGCGUGGCACGGGUGGGACUGCGCUGAUCCCAUUCCUGAAGCAAGCGCGCGAUGAGACCGGAGAACCCGCCAUCGAUGCCUGGGCGCGCCGGCUGUUAAGCAACGGGCCGGCGGAGCCGAGCUUUGCCGCCCUGAGCAAAGUGGAUGAGCACCCCGACGGCCACCUGGAAGUGGUCGGCUUGUCAGGAACCUGGACGGCAGAUGAUAGCGAGGGUGGCAUAUGCCAUUGGUGA